AGGAACGUGACUUCAAAGUUCUAGCUCUGGACCACACAUAUCCCUUUCGCCCCCCAGCCCGCUCAUCUGCCAGACGCAUCUCUGUCCAGUUUCCUCAAUCCACCACGAUGGCACCUCAACCCACAGCAGUCGCCACAACCAACGCAGGAGCCCAACCAGCAACGCCAACACAGGCAGAAUCAGCCGAGGCGGCAUCCAUUCACAAUGAGCAGACGAGACAGGAUUUGGAACGGAAGUUGCAGGAACUGAUCGAGUGUCUGUUGGAGCUGAGCAUCACUGUCUAUGACUUUCAGGCGGAGAGUAACUCAUUGGUGCACCAGAAAAUUCAGGAACUCAUCGCGCAGUUGUCAGAUAUUGAAGGAUUCAAGGAUAAACUGGACAUGAUGGUACCUUGGGAAGUUCUGAGCUACAUUGAGGAUGGAAAGAAUCCGGAUCUAUUUUCAAAGAGCUUUGUCGAGGCAGUUGCGGGCGAGAACCAGUUCACGAACGGAAAAAUCACAGCCUUGAAGAGCUUCGAGGCAGCAUUGACACAGAAUCUGGGAUCUGCAUUCCCGGAAGAAAUGAUGGACUAUGAAAAGAUCCUGAAGGAGGUCAAUACCACAGCAAAUACCGAUCCUGGGACGAUAUCCGCAAAUGCCUCGGCGACGCCUUUGGAAGGGGAGAGCAGUUCAGGGACCAUCAACCAUACAGUCUCUUCGUCAUCAUCAUCCUUAGGACCUUCAUCUAUCUCGCCCGCUUCAUAGCGUUGGCGAUCAUAUAUCCCACUCUUGUAUAUAAAAUCCCUCCUCGCCAACUACCGCAUUGCAACCAUCGUUGCAGGCAAUAAAAUGAAACUACAAAAAAACAAAGAAAUGCAUUGCAAGACACGUUUAAAUUUAUUGAUAUACACAUACUCUUCAUACUAUUCAAUUAGCCGCCUCUUUGAAGGACGGAAGGUUUCCUCCUGCAGCAUAUGCUUGCCCAACAAAGAGCGUCCCGAUCUUAUCGUAAUAGGCGCAACCAUCGAUGGGUUGCCGUUAGCGACUUGGAUCCAC